GGGGGCCAAACACGCCAUCUAUCCAGCCCUUGAGCCUUUGCCAUGGCAAGUGGUGUGCGCAGAGCUGCCAAGGCAGCGGGCGCUACAGGGGCGGCAGUGCUGGGCUGGGCUUACUGGCAGCGACUGCCGCGGAAGGACGACCAUCGCACCGCGUGGUCUGAGUCGUUGAGCACAAGACUCUACCGGACCUUUGCUUUGCCGCUGAUCCUGCAAACAGACCCGGAGACAGCGCACAACCUGACGCUUCAAGCCGGCGAGUGCUACCAGGCGCUGCGGUUGCUGCUGCAGCCGGAGGGCCGGAGCCUGGACUGGCUGCUGCGGCCAGCGCCCUCCAGCGGCCCUGAGCGCCCGCGCCUGCGGCAGCGGCUCUUUGGGUUGGACUUCGAAAACCCUGUGGGCAUCGCGGCGGGCUUUGACAAGAACGCGCUUCUGGUGCCGCUCUACCGGCUGGGCGCCUUCGGCCUGGGCUUCGCGGAGGUGGGCUCAGUGUCCUGCAACCCUGCGGAUGGCAACCCCCGGCCCCGGUGCUGGCGCAUCCCCUCCGAUGAGGCGGUGGUGAACGCCAUGGGGCUCAACAACCAGGGCGCUGAGGCAGUGGCUGCGCGGCUCAAAGAGCUGCGGGAGACAGCCAAAGGCCGCAAUCCCGUGGGGGUGAACAUCGCGAAGACACAUGACCCGCAGAUCCUGGGUGACAAGGCAGUGGAAGACUUCUGCGGGAGUUUCCGGACCUUGGCGCCUUUGGCGGACUUCGUGGUGCUCAACGUGUCGUGCCCCAACACCACGGAGGGCAAGACCUUCGAGGAGCCUGGAGCCCUGGCAGAUUUGCUCUCAGCGGUGGGCAAGGAGAAGCGGCAGCUGCCAAGUCCCUCGCCUGUGCUGGUGAAGCUGAUGGCCGCCGAGGAUUCUCAGGAGGGCCGGAGGAUCCAAAAGGAGCUGCUGGAGAUCAUCGAGAAGUCCCAGGUGGCAGAUGGCCUGGUGAUUUCCAACACCAUCAAGAACCCCGAAGCGACACUCUCCAAGGAGGGCCGAGUGGCGGCGGACGCGAUCGGCAAGGGCGGGGUCAGCGGACGGGUGCUGCACCGCCGGAGCUUGGCGGCCAUCAAAGCCGCCUACGUGGCCACGGGGGGGCGCUUGCCCAUCAUCGGCGUGGGAGGUACCGACAGCGCAGAGGCGGCCUAUGAGAAGAUCCGCGCCGGCGCCAGCCUGGUGGAGGUGUACACUGGCUUAGUGUACAAGGGCCCGGGCUUGUUGCAGGACGUGCACGCAGGACUCCGCCGCUUCAUGGAGAGGGAUGGCUUCGAUGACAUCAGCGAGGUGAUUGGCAUUGAUGCUAAAUAAAACCUAUUUG